CAACAUCGGUCAGCUGGCAAUUCGAGGAGACGGACCCGAAUCAGUAACUCGGCUAUGAACUCGGUGAAUUCAACUUCUCAGAACUCCCCCGAAACAAUCGUUUUCGACCUCCUCUAUUCACAGCUGCCCCGAUACUUUUCCGAAUCGAUGCAGCUAGACUUGAAUGCCAAAGUCUCGAAAUUGGAGCAGAUCGGGUUCGAAACCGGUUACCGACUAGUCGAGCGUCUAACCAGGGACACUCCUCGAUUCAAGAGUGAUCUUGAUGUCGUGAAAUUCAUCUGUAAGGAGUUUUGGUCAGUGUUAUUCAAAAAGCAGGUCGAUAAUCUACGAACCAAUCACCAGGGUGUCUACGUCCUUCAGGAUUCCAAGUUCAGAUUCCUCUCGAGCAUGUCUGCCUCGUCGCAGUACAUGGCUUCAACACCUUGCUAUCUGGCUUUCCCCUGCGGACUGAUCCGAGGCGCGCUGUCAAAUCUAGGUAUCACAUCAGUUGUCACGGCCGAAGUCACAGAUCUUCCGAGCUGCAAAUUCCAGAUUCAAGCACAAGCAGCCUAGCAUUCCCUGUAACUGCUCGACUGACUCGACAAUAUUCUGUAGAUAUCCAAUCAGGGGGGUUUAUAAAAAAUCAUGUAUAGUUUCUGAAGGCUUCAGGU